UCAUCCCAUCCCUGCAUGUCGUCCCAGAUUUCCCAAAACCUACUUACUUAGGCCGUGUUUGGGUGAGACCAUGGAUAAUGACCAAGAGAGAAAGGUGACGAAGAAAGCCAACAUGGGAAGGUCGAGAAAGGGCUGCAUGAAAGGGAAGGGAGGCCCUAAGAACGCUACGUGCACUUUCAGAGGAGUCAGGCAAAGAACUUGGGGCAAAUGGGUGGCGGAAAUACGCGAGCCCAAACGCGGUGCUAGGCUUUGGCUAGGCACUUUCAACACUUCCACGGAGGCAGCGCUGGCUUAUGACGAUGCGGCUCGAAAGCUGUACGGCUCCUCCGCCAAGCUCAACUUGCCGGACCACUCCUCCUCCUCCUCAUCCUCCUCCUCCACAUCACCGUCUUCGAAAACGAGUUCUGCUGAUAAAGGUUGUGGUGAACACAAGCAUGAAGCUUAUUCAGGUGAUAUGCAUGGAGGUUGGAGUAGUAAUAAUGGAGAGAAUGAUUGCUUGUGGGAGAGUAAUCCUGUGUUGAGUGCUGAUUGGUCUGGAGUUUGUGGGGAGAGGGAAUUCUUAGAGCUGAAUGAUAUAGGAAUUAUGAUGGGUGGAAAUGGCUUUGUAAGUUGGGAGGCUUCUUUGGAAGAAGCUCCAUGGAGCAUGUAA